UUCCGGUAUGAUGGCGGCGAAGUCAGACGUUCGUGGAACAUUAAAUGAAGCCCGCUAACUUGUCAGCAUUAUUACGCUCUUGAAAUUACAGACUGUGAGAAGAAGGGAAAAUGGGUUCGUGUCGAUGCAUUUAGUUUUUGUAAUUAUGACAGGAGAGUUUUGUCGCCAUUUGUCGGAUGUAGUAGUUACACAGCUAGCAUGUGUGUCGCGAGUACUCCAUUCCCAUGAAACAAAACCUCAUAAUUCAUCUGGUUGUUUGCAUUCAGUUAGGCAAAUAUCCGAAUUUCUCAUGAUGGGAGUUAUAAGUAAUAACGUUUAUGGAAUUAUGUCUCAUUUUAAUAUGUUUAGUCUUACGUCGCAUUGUUACAAGUUUUCAGCUCGGUUGCAUACUCAGAAUCAUAUUUAUUUUCCAAAAACACACAAGGAAUUUGUCUCCGGUAGUUGGAGCCGCUAUAGUACGACAACAGACAGUCAAUUUACAGAACACUUUGGAGACAGAAAGACAUUGACAAAAAAAAAAAAAAAAAAAAAACAGUCACUGAGAGCAGGUCUCCCCUUGUGUAAGUGAGUCGUGUAAGGUCUCCAAAGACGGACGAAAAACACAAAAACAAUACUAGAGAGCGCGCUACCGAGGCGACCACACUGGUAGGCGCCAUCUUGGUAAGCUAUCCCUGCUAUUAUAUAAAAAAAUACAAAUAAACAAACUAAACAAAAAAACAGCAUAUCCCAAGGUGUUCACCAGGAUAACGAGCAUUUAGCUUGCAUCCAAAUUUAAUAUAUAUAUAUAUAUAUUUUUUUACAAGUCGAUUCUUUUGGUCAGUCCCCACGUGGCUAUGUUAUUUUGAAAAUAGCUUACUCUCAUUGACUGAUGCAAUGUUAUACUUGCUGUGAAAACUGAACAAAAACAGUUAUUUUCAGCUCGGGGGUGCCAAGCAAGGUACUGCCAGGCCCCCUAGGAGAAAUUUAAGGUUUAGUGUCAUGCAAAGGGACAGUUGGAGUCAGGAUUCGAACUGGAUCAUCCACUCUACCAAUUGGGCCACAGCCACCUGGAAAGACUGGGAAUUGAAGCCGAGAACACCAUCUCAACUUUUAAAUACGGGGGCGGCAGCAGCAUGUUGUGGGGUUGUUUGUUACAGGAGCAACUGGUGCACUUCAAAAAAUAAAUGGCAUCAUGAGGAAAGAACAUUAUGUAGAAAUACUGAAGCAACAUCAGAAGACAUCAAACAGGAAGUUAAAGUUUGCGGACAAAUGGGUCUUCCAAAUGGACAAUGACCCGAAGCAUACUGCCAAACUGGUUACAAGUGAGAAGCUUGUAAAUGGAUAUCUGAAACGUUUGACCCAAGUCAUACAGUUUCUGACUGAACAAACCUCCCCACUCUCCUUGUCCUCCCUGCGUCUCCUCGUCCCUCCUCUUCGUCUGCUGACGGCGGCAAUGUGGCAGGUGGCAGAGCAGCAGAGUGUCGAGCAUUAUGGGAUUCUAGAAGAUUUUGUGUCUCUGAUGACGGAGGCAGUUCCCCAGUUGCUGACAGACAAGCAGAGGAGCCUGCUGCUGCUUGCGCUCAGGGUCAAGGUGAGCCUUUACGAUGCUGAGUUGCAAACUGACCACCAAGUCCACCAUAACAGGAUUCAUUCCAUCUCCGUUGCAACGCUCAGAACAGAAUCACAGGUUGUCAAUUGUGAUUCUACUCUAUUGACUCUGACUGAUAAAGUGAGUCCGGUGGAUAGACAGCGUCUCCUGCAGGAUGUGUUCAACCAGACGUUUGACGAGGCUCUCUUGAUGCUUCUCUCUGACUUCCUGGCCAGGCUCGAACAGCUUUUUCCUGUCCCCGACUUCAAACGGACAGCGUCAUUGCUCAGUGCUGCUUCCGCUGGCCUGGGUGACUGUCUCAGUGUGGCUGACAGGGAGGAGCUGAAAAUGCUAUUGACUAAUCAGAGUUGUCAGUUGGGUCAAGUCACUCCUGCAGUUGAUUGUGACACAGAGAAGAUCCUCCACUCUGCUUGGUCCCACCCCCUCAUCACAAAGCUGACCAAUCCUGAGCCUCCUCUCCUCAGCUCACAAGUCCGAUCAGAUUCCCAAACUGACACGGGGAGUGCCGCCCUGGAUGUUGAGGUAACGGUGAUGACGGAAGAUGAAACACAGCGGACUGUGACAGGCCAGAUGCCAUCACCAGCUGAAGCCAAAUCCAAUCUCGGCGCUUUAGCUGUGGCUUCAGUCCCACGUGUGAACCUGGAGGCAGUCAGAGCAAAGGACUCAGACGGAAAUCCAUCAGGACAUGUGUCAGAUCAGCCGGGCUCUGAUGCUAUAUCAAGUGUUUCCCAACAUUCUCAGCGAGUGGCUCACAAAUGUCCCAAGUGUGGGAAACAUUUCAUCUACCGCUCUCAAGUGAUACGUCACCUGCAAGCCAGCAAGUCCUGUGCCUCUGCCUCUGCCACAAGGAUAACAAAGUGCCAGGCUGAUGCGAACACCGGUGAUGAGGACAUCCCCUCUUCAGAAGCCCAACACAAAUACACACGCUCCAGCAGAAGCCAUCUUUGUUUCCAGUGCGAUUGUGUCUUCGGUACCAAAGUCGAGCUGCAGGCGCACCAGCGCAGCCACCGUGCCCGGCCCGUCUUUCGAUGUGGCCAGUGUGACAAGGAGUUCCCUCACCUGUCCACAUUGACCAAUCACAAGCAGACACACAAGGAAAGCAGUUGGUUCAUCUGCAGCCAGUGCGGCAAAGACUUUGGCUCUGCCAAAGAGAGAGACGCCCAUAGCCUGCGGCACCGGCCGUUAAACCUCACCUGCACCGUGUGCUCACAGACGUUCAGCUCGCAGUCGCAGCUGCUGCGGCAUCUACAGACUCACUCGGUGGAGGGUGCUGAGCCGUGCUACCGUUGCCGUUUCUGUGAGCAGACAUUCUCAGGUGUGACUCUGCUUCGUAUCCACCAGCGCUCCCACACGACACGCUCAUACCAGUGCGACAAGUGCAACAAGAUGUACGCCUCGCUCACCGGCCUCCAGUCCCACCGAGCGAGUCACGACACCGACAGUCGCUUCCUGUGCCCUCAGUGCGGUAAAUGUUUCAAGACACAACACGGGUUGGAGGGCCACCUAAGGACGCACAGUGGCGAGCGGCCAUACCGCUGCCCUUACUGUUCCAAAGAUUUCACUGCGCUUGCCGGCCUAAAUGUGCAUGUGCGGCAGCAUACCGGGGAGCGGCCGUACGUAUGCACGUUUUGCGGCAAGGGCUGGCCGUCCGGUGGUGACCUGCAGAAACACAUGAGGGUUCACACAGGUGAGCGGCCGUACACCUGCCAGGAAUGUGGAAAGUCCUUCUCCAACUCCUGUCACCUGAGUGAACAUCGUCGCAUCCACACCGGCGAGAAGCCCUUCUCCUGUCCCGAAUGUGGAAAAUGCUUACGGAGGAAGUUCGACCUGAAGAAACACUUGUUGUGUCACAGCAACAAUCGUCCAUAUGCCUGCGUUUCCUGUCCCAAGAGCUACACUCGCAGGACUCACCUAAACAGACAUCUAUUGACACACAAGCCAACUGGCGGUGAAGCUAUGGCAACUGAUGAAGUUUGACACAGUGUACAUUUUCAUUUACACCUUUUUUAUUUAUUUUUAUUUUGGACUAUGUUGUUUCAAAUUACUAUGCAUACACUGUUUUUGUAAAUUUCCUUAAAUAGUCAAAGCAGUCUACUCUGAAUGUAAUUUUAGUUUUAUCAUCAACCAUAUAUUUUGUGACACCACUGUCACCACAAUGACAACUAUAUAUAUAUAUAUAUAUAUAUAUAUAUAUAUAUAUAUAUAUAUAUAUACACGAAAUAGUUUAACAAAUGAAUUCAUUACGCACAAUUUUGAAGAAAAAAACACUAAUUGAUUGUAAAGACAUUUCUGAAAAAUCUGUCAUUUGCAUAGAGAUCUCUUUGACCCAAAACAACUUUUCCAAUCAAAUUCCAUGUAAAUGGAGCCGCACUUCAAUAUCACCUUAACAACUCCCUCAUCCAUUGAAUUUGUAAGUCGAAUUUGUAAAAGUUUCUGCCUGUAUCUCAUUUGAGGAUGCAAGAUUAGCCUCUCAUGGUCUCUGUUCAGAGGCACACUGGUCUCCAACCCUCAAAGAUCUUCCUUUUUAAUAUGUGCCACAGGUUAUCAGUAAGGUUAAAGUAACGCCCAACCCCCCUUUAUACAACCCCCAGCUUCAAUGAAUUUUCUGCAGUAUUGGUUGGCGCAUCUUCUUGCAUGUGAACCAGUUCAUUGCGGAAGGCACUGUGCCUUUUUAAUACAAUGGCAUUAAAUGGUCAGAAACCUUUACUUAUUUUUUAUUGACUUCAUUUUUCAGAGGACACCAUCAGGCACACUCAAGGGCACUUCCAUCUCACUCCCAAUUAUUCCAGGCCAAAACAUCUCUGCAAAAUCCUUGCUGAUUCUGUACCUCUCCGCCAACCAUUCAGAAAUGCGUUGUCAAUCCCAUGUGCGUUCCUGGCAAGACACGCCCCACUACAACAUGAUUGGCUAGGGUUGGGGCUAAGGCAGUUUAGGAUGUUUUAAGGUUAGGAUUAGGGUGGGUCAGGAUUAGUGGGAUUCAUGUUAAUGCCGCCACACUUAAGUCACAUCUUUUCCCUUCUGGAAGCAGUAGGGCGUGUUCUACCAGGUUACAGCAACCAUUCAUAGUGCAGCAGUGUGUGUCCUAGAACCAGUGAUAUUGCCAGGAAUGUGCCUGGGAUUCCAAAUAAUGCUUCAGAACUUCAUCAGUUGAUCACCCAAACGGCAUUCAUCAGGAAAUAAAGUUUGUGUUCUUGUACAGUAUAUAUAGUGUGUAUAUCAAUGUUCUUCAUUACUUUAUUCGCCAAUACCUUCAUUUAGUGUCCAAUAUAUUGGAUAUUGUUUUUGUUUUUUUCAGCACUCUACCAGCAUUGGCCCUGAAAAUCCUGUAUCAGUCUGUCUCUAGAAUUUGUCUUAUGUAAUUUUACUGUAAUUAAGCUCAUCUAAAAAAAAAUAAUUCUCAAUCCUGAAAUUGAUACCAGUGAUUAAGAAACAAUAAA